AUGUCGCUUCCAUUUCUGCGUAAAGGCUCGUUGUGUAUGAGCAUGGACGGCGGCAACACAUCAUUGCUACAUUUUGGCGACAUUAUCUCGCUCUACACAGAGGAAACCGCUGAUCUACGAGGUUUCCUGAGCACAUUAGGUCUGGUAGAUGACCGCUGCAUAGUGGAAUUACGUGAUGGGCGACCAGAAAGUCCACCAAAGAAGUUUAGAGAUUGCCUCUUCAAGGAGAAAGAACAGAAUGAGCUGGAGUUCCGAAAAACUCAAGGAAACGUCAUUCAGUACGGUACUACCGUACAAUUAUUACACGUGAAAUCCGAUAAGUAUGUGACUGUACAGAAGAACUCGCCAGCAAAAUGCGAGCGUAACGCCAUGAAAGUAUAUCUUGAUCGAGCGGGAAAUGAAGGCAGUUGGUUUAUUAUCGAACCAGCCUAUAAACACUAUGUUAUUGGAGACAGCGUUGCUGCUGGUAACAAAAUUUCCUUAGUACCAUAUUCUGUAAAUAACCAGACGUCAGGCCACGUUAAACAUCAACUUCAUCUGAGUCAUUUCCUACUGAAAGAUCAUCAAACUGCUGCUGAGGUAAAUUGCCUCAACGAGUGUACAGAAUGGCAGGUGUUCAUGUUUUUGUUAUUCAACGAGAAUCAACCAGACAUUGUGAAAUCGCACCUUUUUUGA